AUGAACUUCAAUUUUCUGAACUUGAACCUUCCAACGCAACAACCACCACAGCAGCAGCAGCAGCAGCAGCAGCAGCAGCAGCAUCCUCAAAACCAUACACAGUCUCGAGCCACUCAUGUAAAGGUGCAGACUUCACAGAUACCUCAGGCAGCUCAAGAAAUGUCAUCUGUGCAGCAAGGAUCCCAGCCCCAACUGCCUCAACAAUCUCCUGAUCUUCAGACACAGUCACUACCUCAGCCUCAGCAGGUGGUCCAUGCAACAUCACGAGACAAGUUAAAGACCCCACCACUGCAACAGCUCCCACCACCUCAGCAGCUGCCUGCCUCUCAUCAGUUGCACCCACCUCAGCAACUACCCCCACUUCAGCCAUUGCCUCAUUCACAAACAGUGCAGCUUCCUCAGUCGCCGUCCCCACAGAUGCGUCAGUCUCAGUCUCCCCAACUGCGACAGUCGCAGUCCCCACAACUGCAGCUGCGCCAGCCUCAGUCUCCACAGAUGUCCCAGGUACCUCCCCAGCAGCUCCCUGUCUCUCAGUCUCAGCAGCUGCCUGUCUCUCAACCACAACAGAUACUGCUACCUGUAUCACAGCCUCAGCAGGUACUACUGCCUGUGUCACAAUCCCAAGUAUCUGGGACACAAUCUCAGCAAGUGGCAGUGUUACAGACCCAACAGAUCCCCAUAUCUCAGUCCCAGUCAGCUCCCCUGUCACAAGUUCAGCAGCAACCAGCAUCACAAGUUCAACAGUUACCUCUUGCACAACCUCAGCAACUGCCAGUAUCACAGGUUCGGCACCUGUCUGCUUCACCACCACAACAACUGUCAGUAUCGCAGCAUCAGCAGCUAUCUGUGACGCAGUCUCAGCAGAGCAAACUCAACAAAUUCAGCAGGUGGCACACACCGAUUGCUCACUUGCAAUCGCAGCAACUGCUACACUGCACACAGGUACCGUCGAGUUCUCAGGGCCAGUCGCAGCAGCUAUCCCAAUCUCAGCCUGCAUGUAAUCCCCACCAACAGAUUCAGCCUCAGCUACAAGUCCAACUUCAGCUGACAACUCAACCUCAGCAUAAUUUACAAGAACAACAGUCAACUGUUCAGCAGCAGGCUCAUCGACAAGUUCAGCAGCAGAUUUACCAGCAGCCUCUAAGGCUGCAGUUGCAAUUACCCCAACAUCAGCUUGUUCUACAAACUCCUAACCCAUCUCAAGCUCAAAUCUUACUUCAGAAAAUAAUAGCUGCAAAAUCAAAGUCAUGUGAGGAAAUACAAGUGCCAGCGAUUGUCACAGCUGUACCACAGUCGCCUGCUUCGGAUAAAGAACGCUCUCAGGAUUCAUUACCGGACACAGGCAGCAAUAAUUCUUCUUUGUCUAGUGUCACAACAGUUAUAAGGAAUGUUAACGGGGAAACUACUGUUGAAAUAACGAGACCGAGAAAAGAGGAGCCCAAAUAUGUGGAUGGAAUGCUGGCACUGUGCCACUACUGUGGCUACACCUCCAAUGAUUUCAACUGCUGUCAACGUUGCACGCGAAAGCUGCCCGACAACGUUAAAGCACUACCAUCACAGGGUGUGACAGGAUUACCAACUGGAACUAAGGAGAAGAAGUUCCAUGAUAAAUAUAAAAAGUGGGAAGUUCAGGUAUCAAAACCAGGUGCCAAAAAAUCAUCAAAAAGGCCUGUUAAGAAACAAGCCAAACUGGUGGAUGAACCAGUGUGCCUGACGCUUUCCUCUGAUGAGGAAGAGCGUGGGCAUUGUGAAGGGGAGGUGCCACAGAGAGGAUCUGGCCAAUCUGCUGUGCAGAUGGGAUCUGCUGUUGACUUGAAUUGUGAUCUCUCUAGUUCACUUUUGAAAAAGGAACCUCCACCAAACUUUUCAGAUGAAGAAGAUGAGCUGGUCUCUGAUAUUAACAAACUCAAGAGUGUCUGUGGUGGAGGGCGUGAAAUGCAGAGUAUUGUGGAUGGUAGCAUGGUUGGCACAUACACCCUCCUAGAUUGCCGCACAGUUCGGAUUGGGAACUACAAAGUUGUGCCUAAAGACAGAGUCCUGUUGUCAUCAGCUGGUAUAAGGAUUCAGGUGCCAGCGUUAACUGAUGACUCUGCUAUUGUUACGGUGGCCAUGGAAAAGUCGGAGCUACGAAAAGUUCUGAUAAAUUUUGGACGUGGAAUGCCAGUAUUGUUCCUCUAUACAAACCGUCUAGCUGCUGAACGUAUUAGGCGGACUCUUAGUAUGGAACCUAGUCGUGGACCUUAUUAUGAUCCCAACAGUCUAGAUGACACUCAGAGACGGAUUACGUUGCUGCCGGAAAGAAUAUCGGAAGAGAGCAAAGUGGCCCUUAAAAACAUUUUUGAAGGUAUUCUUAGUGAGCUCGAUAACAAGGAAGCGAACGAACUUCUAGUUCGUGCUUCUCCGAGAGAGAUUCAAAGUCUGAUAAAGAAAACAAGUGGUGGAUCAUCAAAUUCCGUAAGAAUAAAGAAUGAAAUACAAACAAUCAUAAUUUACCCACCUCCGCCUGCGAAAGGAGGAAUACCAAUAAAUACAGAAGAUUAUGCUUGUUUGGGUGAAGACCAGUUUCUGAAUGAUGUAAUAAUAGACUUCUACUUAAAGUUCCUAACUCUCUCUUCAUUGACUCCAGAAGAUCAGGCUCGCACACACGUAUUUAGCUCUUUUUUCUACAAACGCUUAACAACGCGACCUGCUAAAGUUUCAAAGCGCCCACAUCCAAUUGAAGACGAUCCAAAGUUGUCUGCUGCAGAGAAGAGGCACAGUCGUGUGAAAGGCUGGACAAAACACGUUAACAUUUUCGAAAAAGAUUUCAUCAUAAUACCAAUAAAUGAACACUGUCAUUGGUUCCUAGCAAUUGUUUGUUUUCCUGGUUUAAAUGGCUGUGUGCGAAUGUCUGACAACACACCAGUAAAAGAGCUCCCAAAAACACGUCGAAAGGCAGUCACUCAGAAAAGUAUUGUAGAAGAAGCAGGAAAGAGUGUACAGAUAGGAUGCACAACUAUUACACCUGUAAAAGUUGCGACAACCACCAUUACGUUGGAGUCGCCGGAAGAUGAUUGUUCAGAUCGAGAUGAAGCUGAAGGUGAAGAUGAUGAUAUUGUUCGGAGCAGCAGUGAGGAAGAUGAGGAUGCUUCUUCUAAGCCAGCAGCAACAGUGAAACAUGCUCUUUUUGCUGAUUCCUCUGUUGAUUCUUUUUACCCUAGUAAGAAAUCAGACAGUAAAAACUCUGCAAAAGCAACAAGAGAGCCUAUAAAACAGCCCUGCAUUCUUAUCUUUGACUCACUUUCGGGAGCUAGCCGGACACGUGUUGUGGCAACGCUUAGAGACUAUCUGCGUAUUGAAUAUCGAACGAAGAUGGGUCGCAGCCGAGAUUUCAACAAGGAUACAAUCAAAGGUGCCUCGCCACGUGUCCCACAACAAACAAAUUUUACAGACUGUGGUCUGUACCUGUUGCAGUAUGUCGAGAGUUUCUUCAUGAAUCCAAUAGAUGACUACCAUUUGCCAAUGAAAAAACUAGCAGACUGGUUUCCUGAAGAAGUUGUCAAUCGCAAGCGCGAAGACAUCCAGAAAUUGCUUUUAGACCUAAUGCAGAAAUACAAUGUAGACAUAGAAAGUCUUAAUCUGCCAAAGCUUUCCUUUUCAUCAUCCAAGCAGAACAGUGACAGCUGCGACAAUCCUAAUGAACAAGAUAACAGUGCUGAUGAUGAGAAGGAAGCUGCUGGCUCACCUCAGACACCACCAAAAUUGCAGCGACUACAGCAGCAUAUGGAAUCGGAAGCGGAGAUAAUGGUGGCACGUCCACUUGUAAGUUAUGCGGAUAGUGAUGGUGAAAUGGGGCCAGUGGAAACUGAAAAAGAGAGGACAGAUCUGGCAAGUGCUAAUUUUGUUGAUAGUACUGUACCUGUCCCUGUGCUCCACAAAGGAAAGAGAAUUGGUACUGAACGACGAGAUCCAGUUGAUUCAUCAACUGUUACAAAUCCAGUGAAAAGGAUGAGGCCAGCUAGAUAGGAUCAGUUGGUUGCUUACCUGAGCUCUGUAAUCUCUGACCCCCUGCAGUACUCCUUCCUCAGCACCUAUCAGAGUGAGCCGGAGUUAUAUGCUGCAGUCAAUUUGUAACUUAUAUCUACAAUGAAGUUUUGUACAUACUAGAUAUGGUGUACCUAUAGAUUGUGUACAGCACACUGCUACAAUGUUUCAGCUCUCAUAAGUUUUUAAUUAUUAUUUGCUCCUGUGAAAAUGUUAUGUCUUUUAAUGUUUUGUAUUAUAACUAUGUCACUGUAUCUGUUAAGUAUUAUGUACACCAGAUUACAGAGUGGUGUCAUUGAAAUGUCAUUUUGUGAACUAUGUAAACUUCCUUGCUUUUGCAACAAGUUAGUAACAUGAGCAUGGUAGUUAAAAUAAACAAAUAACUAAAUC